GUAUUACCUCCUCUCUCCUCUUUCUUUCAGCAGCUCACCUGUGCGGUCGCAGGGACAAGAUGACUGAAGUGAUCGGGAUCGUCUCAGGGGCGAUCACCUUUGCAACCGUCGUUGCGCAGAUCUCCAAGUCGAUUAUCCAAAUCAAAGACUGCUGGAGCCAGAUCCGCGACGCGCCCGAGGAAUUGCAAGAGCUCAUCGCUGAGCUAGAAAUUUAUGAUCUUAUCUUGAGGGGAAUCGAACAGAAUCUUUCAUCGUGCCCACUGGCGAAUACCAUAGAAAUGAGUGAACAUUCAUUUCAGAGUCUAGAGGUCUGCAAGAAGGCAGCAGAGAACCUUCAGAUCAUUUCAAAGGAUCUUGCCAAAGACCUCCGUUUAUCUAGUCGCUUUAGGCGAUCCUACUCUUCGUUUAAAAUAGUGCUUCAAAAAAGGAAAGUGGAGAAGUACAAGGCCAGGCUCAGCAAUUCGAUUAGAUUGCUUUCUCUUUCGCAGCAAUGCUACUCAAUAGCUUUAAUGCAGAUACAACCAGUUAUGGUCCCUCAGAUUCAAGUUGAUGACAACACAAGUGACAAAAAUAAACAAGAGCCUGGAUCACUUUCUAGUGUAGUGCACAUAUCGUCGCAAAGAGGCAUAUAUUCAUGGCGGCUUGGUCUGCCAAUCUGGGUCACCUCGAAGGUCUUUGAAAUUCAAGGGAAAAGAGCAUACGGCGGUUGGCAAUGGGUAUUUCGCACGUAUGAUAUUCCUCCACGGGGUGACCCGGCCUUUGAAUUUGCCAAAGAUGGAGACCUUGAUGGUCUACGUCAGGUGUUCUCAUCUGGGAAGGUCUCCCUUUUUGUAAGGGAUGAUUUAGGAAUGACUUUACUAUCUUGGGCUUGCUACAAUAACAGUUUCGAAGUAGCGGAGUUUCUACUGAACCAGGGGGCUGAUCCAAAUGCACUGGAUGAUUCAAAUAUGAAGCCUAUUUCUACAAUAGGGCGAAUUAGGAUUAACCCUCCCAUGAAGUCACAACCUAUCUUCCCACUUCUACGGCUGCUCUGUCAGUUUGAAGAUGAAUCACAGGAGGAUCCCCGGGAUGUCUUUAUGAGAAGUUUUCACAGGUUCAGAGGCACAGCAGAGGAAUUUGCUUUCUUCCAGCGAGCCUGCUGCCCGUUAUUUUUCACCUUGUCCGAUGAGCAGCGCAUUCGAUUUGCCAUUAACGAACUGGGUCCUUCCUUAUCCCGUAAUUUUUGGAAUGGGCCCUUCAUCAUUAGGGCCAUUCUCAAUGGGGUCUCUUUUACAACUUCCAAAUUUGAAGUUAUCUCUUUUACACUUUCUAACUUUGAAGUUCCAGGCACUGGCUCUUUUGUCGGCAGAACUCACAUGCUCACUUUGCCUCAUGGUGUUGCAUAUUGUAUGGGCUGCACUAAAAUUGGCUCAAAUUGGCCUUAUAAUGCCAUCAAGGACAGGGCUAUGCAGCACACAGUUUAUGAGGAAUGGCAUAUCAUGUUUCGAGAAAUGCUGGACAAUGGUCUUCACAUACACCAAACAAUGAACGGGCUGACUCUAUUGCACGCUUUCUUAGAUGGUUGUUUCCAGCUUUCUAAACCGCUUGAAGGCUCGCUUAUGAAAAAGUGCAAUGAAGCCCUUGGAGCGCUAUUGCGGGAUCUUCAAAGUGCUGGUGUCAACCUAAAAGAGUUCGGUGAGAGGGAAGAGUUGAUACUGAAAGACCAAGGGGGGUGUAUCGAUUUUCGAAUUUUCGGUAGAUCGAGGCUCUUUGUUAUUCGAUUGAUUGGAUUCUCACACGGCCCAACACCGGAGGACUGGUGCUUAUGGAUUAGUGAGCCCUCUGAUGAAUUUGUGGGAGACUUUUGGGCAAUGAUUGAUCGACGGAUGGAGAUGCCGGGUGGAUGGUCGGAAGAUGUACCCUUGUUUCUUUGAUGUUAC